UGACAGCUGUCAAAUUAGCUGACUUGUGCUCAUUUAUCAGGUAUUUAAUAAAUUUAGCAUUAGACUUUAAAUACAAAAAUUGCAGUCGCUACUUUCUGAGAAAAUUUGUUUAAUAAAAGAAAAGAAAAUGUCAUCGAAGCAAUCAGCGAAAAAGUUUAAGUGGGCAUUGGAAUUCAACAAUAGCAAAAAUUCUGAUUUGCCUUCACCUCCAGGUUACAAUCCCUCGGUACUAGUUAAUCACACUGAAGUUGUAAGAGACCAGAGGUUGGUCAUUAAGAAAUCGUGGGAUCUAGCGCUUGGUCCAUUGAAACAGAUCCCAAUGAACUUAUUCAUCAUGUACAUGUCCGGUAGUUCCAUUUCGAUAUUCCCUAUAAUGAUGGUUGGCAUGAUGUUGAUUCGACCACUAAAGGCAAUGUUUUCCACUUCAGUGACUUCAAAAAUGGCAGAAGGCGCUCAAGGUAGCGGUCAGAAACUUGUAUACUUUUUGGGUAAUUUGGCAAACGUUGCUGUCGCGUUGUACAAGUGCCACAGCAUGGGUCUAUUACCGACACAUGCAUCUGAUUGGCUAGCAUUCGUGGAACCACAAACGCGUCUAGAAUACUAUGGCGGUGGAGUAUCAUUUGUUUAAGAUAAAUAACAAGACGUACCUACAAUUUUUAGUCAACUGAAUGCAAUAGUUUUAUUUUCUUAAAUUCAGUAUACUAUAUUUAAGUUAUGUGAGUAUCUCGGAAACGCUAAAGGGGAAAUAAAAAUAUAAGUGGUAGAAUACAAAUAAAAUAAUAAAAGUAAAGUAAUUAAAACAA